GCGGCGCGUACUCCCGCUGCCGUCACACCAUCUCGAUCCCAAAGAGGAAAAAAAGUACAAGAAGGAUAACGGCCUGCGCUGCGGCCCCCUCUGUUUUGCGAGGACGGGGAUGCAUUUCAGCCGUACGCGAGGUCUAGAGCGUGAUAAGGGGGGACUUCGGCAACAAAUUUUGGUGAUGCUUGGUGGCUGAAUGCUGCUACUGAUCUCGCUUUUGCCGCUGAGGAAACUAUGCGCAGGGCUUAUUUACGGAAUGGAUGCGGCCAGCGGCCUGGUUAAAACAUGUCGGCAUUUAAACUUUUGCUCUUGCGGACGCUUUGAAUAUGUUUUCUAGGAGUGUCAAUGGGGCAGUGAUUGAAUUGGGUCGAGGCCCAGUGACAUUCGCUCUGAACAUAAACUGCUGCAAGAAUGUUUGAGAGUUGUUGGGGUGGUGCUGCGCGCUUACAGCGAGAUGUUAUAAGCUAUCGCUCGACAUACUCCCUGCUCUAUUUUGGGUAUAGACAUCAAUUCGCAGACUUUCCAGAGUCUCUACUUACUCUUUUCACUUUGCCUCCUUUUAAUCGUAUUUUUCUUUGUCCAUUCCAAUCAGCCAUGUCUGACAAACUCCUCAAACCUAUUCCCUUUUCCAUGAGCCACACCAAAGGCAAAGUCACCUUUACGUACGAAGGCGAGGACAAAGCGAUGGCUCUGGAGAUUGCAAAACGGCACAAAAUCCGUCUACUGGAAUCCUUUUGCGACACGGAAGUUAGCCGAACCGGUGCCACCAUCACCGUUGAUGUAGAGAAAAAGACACGCAUUACCAUUGCCCGGUUGGACGGAAUCUACUUUGUCACCACCUCCACCAAGAAUGCCAUGAACAAAAUGGAAUACGCCUUCCCCUUUGCUAUUCUGCCUCCUGAAUUCAUCGACUACGACAAGAAGCCCAAUCUGAUUGGACCCAUCUCUUGUACUAUGUCUUCGAGCAUCUCGUGCAUCGACCUCGACAAGGCCUUUGAGGAACAAGGCGCAGCUGUCUCUCAGACUGUCGACAGAACGGGAUUGUUCAAUAGGGAACUUUCCGGAUUAAAGUCUAUACCUUCUUUUUAGGUGAUUUGCUGUGUCCAUGAAGCCUAUACAGUACUGGAUAUGCUGGACAAGGUGGUUCUUAGUUGGAGGACGCGUACUGCUAGUGUGUUUCUAGAAAGUCUGUUUUAGUGUUACAAGUUAUUUGUCAAUUUAUCAAUUUGG